UUUUAAAACAUUCUGGCCGGAUGUUUUGACGCGAUAUCCGAGCGUUGCCGGCGAUGUAGCGGCCAGCGAAUCUUCAAGCAGGAAAAAGCGCCAACUUCUGUUGCACCGUCUGAAUUGUUAAACACUCCGUAAAGCAUUUCGAGACGGGAUGUUUAAUGGAAAAUAUCAAACUUAAACUGGAAUGAAGCAUUCGGUGAGGUGCGCUGUUGCGUCUCAGUAGGAAUUUAAAAGAAAAAUCGCCCUCAAGGUACCGGGAGGAAAGAUGCCAGGACUUCAGGGUGAAAGUGUGGUAUCAGCGGCUCCGGGGAGCCCAGUGAAGAAGAGUAAACUCUCUCUGAAGUUCUUCCAGAAGAAGGAAACCAAGCGGGCUCUGGAUUUCUCGGAACCCCAGACAGAAGAACCCAAAACAUGUGAGCCAGAGGAGCCUGAGGCAAGCAGCUGCGAUCAGGUGGUCCCCGGGCCUUCUCAGUGUCCUUCCUCGCCCAGCCUCCUCCUGUCCUGCGAGAAGAGAGAGAACUUUGUGCCGUUCGUGGGGCUCAACAAUCUGGGCAAUACCUGCUAUUUGAACAGCAUCUUACAGGUUCUUUAUUACUGCCCAGGCUUCAGAGAAGGCAUAAAGAAGCUUCACGAUCUCUCCAUCCAGACGGAGAAACCCAAGGAAGAAACUGAGAAAAGCGAAGAGCCACACUGUCAGCAGUCAGACGGUGUGCCGGAGGCUCUGCCAGCUCACAUCGAGCUUCUUGGGAGCUUCAACACUUUGAUAACUGCAGUGGAGCAGCUGCAGUCUAGCUUCCUGCUUAAUCCUGACAGCUUCACCGAUGGAGAGCUAGCCACACCACCGCGCAAAAUUCUGCACACGCUCAGGCAGCUGAACCCCAUGUACGAAGGUUAUCUCCAGCAUGAUGCUCAGGAAGUUCUGCAGUGCAUUCUGGGAUAUAUCCAGGAAGCCUGUGAUACUAUCAGGAAAGAGCUGAAAGUAGAAGGCGAGGAGGAGGGUGUGUCGGAAGUUAAACUCGAGAAUGGUCUCGAUUUGGGGCCCGGCGGCUCUGGUGCAGAAUCCAAAGCUUCCACGGAAGAGGAUGGUCAAGUUGCCGGGAAAAGAAAGAGCGACACAGAAGUGGGGAAUGCCAAGAAAAAAUCCAAAUCCCUGAAGUCUAAGAAAUCAGAUUCUGCGGAGGAAAACCUGAGUAGAAAUAGACCCCUCACUCGCUCCAAAAGGAAGUCCUCCAGUGAAAUCACCAUGGACAGCAGCCAGAAUAAAGGUGGAGAGGAGGCGGCAGGUGGAGAGGAGGCGGCAGGUGAGGAAGAGACGAAGAAACCAAAUGGGGAAGGAGGAAGCGGCGAUGAGGGGAAAGGUGAGAAGACGUGUAAAGAGGCAGAUGGGAAGAGGAAGAAGAGAGCUAAGCUGAGCUGGCUGAGGCCGUCUGGAAAGCAGCCAAGUAUUUUCUCCAAGUUCCGCAGCGUGGGAAAGAUCAGCUGCACAACUGUGAAGAACCAAAACAAAACAGAGCAGGAAAAUGGAGUGACGCACGACCAAAGUGAGAAAAACCUUCAAGAGCCGUCCAGCCAAAAUGCAUCCGGACACAGCGAGGCUCCUAAACAUCAAGCGGGCCUGAGCCUCAUGGAGCGUUUGUUCCAAGGUCGGCUGGUUCUGAGGACUCGAUGUCUGGAGUGUGAGAGCUUCACAGAGAGGAGAGAGGACUUCCAGGACAUCAGUGUCCCUGUGCUUGAUGACCAGCCCAGCAGCCCUGAUGACCUCUCUGAGGUCUCACCAGACCCUAAACCAGAGCUGAAGACUCUGAAAUGGGCCAUAUCUCAGUUCGCUUCAGUGGAGCGCAUUUUUGGGGAGGAUAAAUACUUCUGUGAGACCUGCCAUCACUACACAGAGGCUGAGAGGAGUCUGCUGUUUGACAAGACUCCUGAAGUCAUCACUAUUCACCUAAAGCGCUUCUCUGCCAACGGUUUAGAACUGGACCCAUAUGCUGGUCUUUCUAAAGUGAACACUCCUUUACAGACUCCUUUGACCUUAUCCCUUGAGGAGUGGUGUACCCAGUCCUCAUCCACUAAAGGUCAAAACUAUCAGCUGUUUGCUGUCGUCAUGCAUAGUGGUGUGACCAUCAGCAGUGGCCACUACACUGCCUACAUCCGAAUGUCUGAUUUAACAGAUGUGAAGAUCUGGCUGCAGGACACAAAAACUGAAGAGAAGAAGAAGGAGGAGGACGAGGUGAAGGAAGACAAAGAAGGUGCUCUGGUGAAGGAGAAGGUGCUGGACUACGAUGAUGGAGAGGUGUCUUUCAGCCUGAAUACGAGAGGACAGCGGCGCGAGAGUUUGGCAAGCAGCAAAUCGGGGAGCAAAAAGCUGUCAGAGGGGGGUGUCGGACUCUUGGGAGGCCAGAGGAGUGUGUCCAGCUAUGACCUCGGGAACAGCAGCAGUAAACACACAGAGAAAGCAGCUAGCAGUGGUUCGACGGAGGGUUGUAAUAGGAGAAAAACCAUCAACAUUUUGAGCCAAAACACUCAAGCUGGACUUAAAAAAGAGCCCGAGGCAGUACAGGAGACAUCGCAGGCUUCCUGUGGCAGCACAGAGACCAAAGAGCAGAAGGCUUUAAAUAGCCUCUUGGAGUAUGAAGGGAAAUGGCUGCUGUUUGAUGACUCUGAGGUGCGUUUGUUUGAGGAGGAGGACUUCCUGCGAGCCUGUUCUCCUGAGACGUGCUGCUCAUCAACACCUUACCUGCUGUUCUACAGAAGGAUGCCUGAACCUGAACACUGAAAUCGACAGACCUUACAGGAAACUGAGCUCCCAGGCAAAAGACAGAUGGAGUUUUUGCAAUACUUCAAACAGUGCCAGACAUACUGUGGCUGCCACAUUUACACUGAAACUGAAGUGACUUUUCAGCCAAGGAAAACUAAACCUGCAACAGCCCCACGGUGGGAUCAAGGCGCUUCCACCUUCUCAUCCACUCAUGUGCAGGUACUCUAAACAGAUAUGCCCAGUUGGGGUCAAAGUUUGUUUUUUUUUUGUUUUUUUUGAAUGACAAUUGGAUUUUCUGUACGUUAGGGAUGAUUGGUUGUGUAUUUUUGUUUUUUGGUCUUUCUCCAAUGUUGACUUUGUAUUGUUUGUUUUUUACAAAAUGGCAAAGCACUCUGAACUAAAAUUUAAUCAAGUAAAAAUGUUGAAAACUGACUUCCCCCCCCCCCUGGGUGCAGCAGUCUGUAUUCUGUUUGAAUUUGAAAAUGUUCUCAUGUUAUUUUUUCAGUUUAUCAGAAAAGUUUUUACCCUGAAGCUUUUCCCAUCAACUGAUCCCUUGUUUUGUGAGGGUUUUUAUAUAGAAACCUGUACAAUUUAGCUGUAUAUCUGAAGCCUCAAACUGAUGCAUUUAUACAGUGAAACCGACAGAUUCUCAGAAACUCAUUUAGUUACAACAAAUAUUUACAGCAAACACUCAGCUGUCUAAUAAUAAUUAAAAAGUUUCUACAUGCUUCGUUGACACUAGUGGUUUAUGCAGGCAACAGUUUCAGGCUCAGAUGUCAGAUUUGUCAGAGUGAAGGACACAAUUUGAUUUUAUCAGUGAACUAUCAGAUUUUUAUAAUAUACACUUUACAAUGUUA